AUGAACGUCGUGCACACGGCCUCUGUUGAUGGACGCAUCUGCUGCGCGGCCAACGAGGAGGUAUGGGUAGCGAAGCAGAGCGGAGGCAUCGCCGUCUUCUCGGCGCGCUCCGGAGACCAUGUGGCGGACAUCGCCCUCAAAGCUGACGACGGCUCAACCGCGGCGCAAGUCACGCACAUGAUGGCGGUUUUUGGGGAGGUGUGGGUGAGCACGAAAGAGGGCCGCGUUCACUUCUACGAGCUCGCCACGCACAAGCCGGUGGGCUCGAUGCUCAUUCCCGGGGCAGAGAAGAAGGCAGAGGUGGUGAACCUCUCCUUCAACGGCCACGUCGCCGUCAUAGCCACCGCCAGCGGAUCUGUGUACGUCCAUCACCCACUGCAUCACCAGCGGCUCGGCACCCUUUCCACGUCCACGUCCCCGUGCACGGCAGCGACUCAGUUCUACAGCUUCGUCGUUGGCGGGGAUGCGAGCGGUGCCUUGUAUCUCUGGGACCCGGUAACCGGGGAGUGCGUCAUCUACCACAGCGGAAGCAAGAGUGAAGUCGUGGCGCUGCUGCACGAGCCCACCACCGGAACGAUAUGGGUGUCCCGAGUGAAUGAGCACGUGGACGUAUACGCAGUGAAGGACGGAGCGUUGCAACUGCAGCAUCGGGUGAGCGGGAUCGGGCGGGUUACAGGGAUGGUGGCGGUGUCUGGCACUGUGGUGGCGACCACCUGCAUGAAGCGAGUCGUACAGAUCGAGGCUGCUACGGCGAAGAUCACCGUCAACGUGGCGGGCGCGCACGACAAGUUCAUCCACGGCUGCUGCAAGGCGAUGCACCAGGAGGUGGCGCAGGUGUGGAGUAUCGGCAAUGAUCGCACGCUGCGCGUCUGGCAUGUUGCAGGGCUGCAGGUGCCGGUGGUGCCUGUGCCAAAGCUACCACCUGCCGCACAAGCCGCGCUCACCUCCUCUGUGGAUGAUGCGCUGAAUCUACAGCAGAGCGAGCUGCGGGCGGAAGCACGGGCAGAGCUGCACAGCCGGAUGAGCAUGGAGGACAAGCUCAUGAAGGCGCGUGAGGAGGCACAAGAGCUGCGACUGCGCGUCUUCAAGGAGGAGGAGAGGCGGCUCAUGGUGGAUGCGGAGCUGACAGCAGAGCGGAAGCUUCGCAAGGAGCUAGAGGAGCGCAACGCGAAGCUGGCGAAGGAGGUGACAGACAUUGCGUCGAACGUGGCUGUCGCCGAGCGGGAGCGUAACAGCCUGCGCGCCGAGGUAACGCAGCUCAAGAUGGACUUUUCCAACGCCCGCACGGAGACGAACGCCAAGCAGACGGAGAAGUCAAACAUUGAGAGGCAGCUGGCGGAGGAGCGGACAACGAAGGACACGUUGGCGCAACGCCUGCGCGACGUGGAGGGGAGGCUGAGCUCCCUGCAAGCGGAACACCGCCGCGUGUGUGAGGCAAUGGGCAGCGCUACCGCCCACCAGCAGAUGAGUAAGGCGCCUACAGAUGACGAGGUGAACAGAGGUGCCGUGGUGAGCGCGGAGCUGGAGCACGCGCGAAAGAUGAACGCGCUUAUGAGGUCUGCCAUGGCGUCGAUGGAGUACACCAUCCGCCGCCGUGAGGAGGAGGACCGUGACUUGGUGGCGCUGCUGAACGCCUUCCGUGGCCGCGUCGCUGACCGUGUCACAGACCCGAACCUCUCUGCGCUUCUCCUCGCCACCAUCGUACGCAAUGCCCCGCGCUUCGACCUUCAGUGCGACGAGUUCACCAAGGCGGAGCUGAUGGAGCGCAACGGGCCAUUCCUGCAGUUCAUUCAGUCCCUGCGGGCCACCGACCCGGAGGCGUACCGGAAGCUAAUGCACUACCUGCAGAACCCUUCCAUAGCCCAGGGACUGCCGGCUGAUGCGCAGGUGCUGCUAGACCGCUUCGUCGCGCUCGCCUCGAAGGAAGGCGAGGUGUCCGACGAAGACAUCGCCAACUUCAAAAAGACGAUUCCCUGCUUCACAGACUCGGUGGCAGUGCAGGGCGCCGGCCAGAUCGGUGGUGGCGUCGGCACUGUUUCGGCUGAUCUUCCGGGGCUGCUCGGCGCCGACGCGGGUGGUAGCGGAAAACUUGGGGGAUAUGUAGCGACACCGGGCAGGCUCCUUGGCAACACCGACGGAGAUCUCACAAUAGAGGAGGAGGUUGUGAACAAUGCCUUGAUGCGCGAGCUACACGGGCAGCGGGUGAUAGAUGAGAACUACAUUCGUGAGCAGCAGACCAUGUUCGAGUUCAUUCUAAAGACGCGCCGACUUCUAGUCGAGAGCCUUGCUAUUCUGCACAAGCGCACAGUGAGCGCGCGGCAGGUGGUGGAUGCACUCUGUCUGAAGACCACUGCCCCUAACACUUCCUCGCCGGCCACGACGCCGUCGCGCAAGAGUCUUCAGACAUUGCACAACAUCUUCAGCGGGGUUGUGUGCGAACUGGAGGAGCUGACCACCGAAGUGGUCCAGCGCUACCUCUCCGGAGCUGAAAAGCAGCGUCUUGGUGUGGGGCAGUAA